AUGGGUCUCAAAGAAACGACACCUGACGCAGAACAAGGGCCUGUCGACAGCACCAACCAGGAAUCCUUCUGUGAGAAGUACACAUCUUGUCGAUGGGUCGUUGGUUACUUGUGUUGUUUAGUCCGACUCACUCAAACAACGCUACGACAAUGCAUAGGCAUGGCGAUUGUGGUCAUGGCUAUGCCCACCAGAGGACCGGAUGUGACGUCAAGUUCGCCCGUCGUAGAGAAUAAUACGUUGUCUGACCAUGUUUUCAGCACCUCAGAAUUCACAUGGACCUCGGAAUUCGAGGGUUUGAUUCUAUCGGCCUACACAUUUGGUUUCCUAGCAUCACCGAUCAUUGGUGGGUAUGUUGCUGGGAAAUAUGGCGGGAAGAUUGUCAUAACGGUCUCCCUCGUCGUUGGUUCAAUAGUUACCAUAGCAACUCCAGUAGCAGCACGGGCAUGUCCCAUAUCUAUGGUGGUUCUUCGGGCUGUCGUCGGACUCUUUUUGGUAAAUUCGAUUUAUGAUUUUUAUAUUUCUUUUUUAUCAAGUCUAGGGGGCGUAGAUCCGGCCAUCCAAUCUCUGUGGUCAAAGUGGGCACCAAAAGACGAGAAGGCAUCCCUUACGACAUGUGCCUACUCCGGUGUAAGUAUUGGCGGAAUUCUGACGUUCUUCAUCUCAGGAUAUCUCGGCGGCGUCUCCCUGGACAACGGAUGGCCUCUCAUCUUCUACGUGUUUGGUGGUUUCACACUGCUCUGUGUGUUUCCCUGGGUGGUGUUUGUGUCCGACUCCCCAAGGGACCACCCCCGCAUCACGGAGAAAGAGAUGAAACUGUUCACCCGGGAUCAGACAGCUGGAAAAAUGGACAGAAAGAUGCCGCGGCCGCCAUGGAGUAAGAUGUUGACGUCGCCGGCGGUGUGGGCCAUCCUCAUCGCCCACAUCUCCUACUCCUGGGUGACGUCAUGGGUCAUGGCGUACCUGCCUAAAUAUAUGAAACAGAUACUCCAUUAUGAUAUUGAAGAGGAUGGCAUACUGUCGUCAGCACCAUUUGCUGGAAGGUUGUUGGUCGGCCUGGCUUCAGGCUACGUAUCUGACUGGGUGCUCUCCAGGAGACUUCUGUCAACAGCCAAUAUUAGGAAGAUGUUCCAGCUCGUGGGCUGUGUUGGUUGUGCAGCGUGUACCAUUCCCAUCGGGUUUCUGGACCAUGAGAAUCGAACUCUGGCUGUGAUUCUGUUAAUACUUGGUUUGUCCCUGCAGAACUGUACAUCUGUCGCCUUCAGAAUCAAUCACCUCGAUAUAGCGCCAAGGUUUGCCGGUGUGAUGAUGGGCAUAACCGUGACAUGCGCAAUGGCCGUCUCUCUGUCUGCACCGCUCAUCACUUCGUACGUGAUAAAACAGGGAACUAGAAAAGAAUGGCAAAUAAUUUUCUCGAUCGUUGGUGGUUUAAACAUUGUCGGCGCAGGCGUAUUUGUGUUAUUUGGAAAAGGGACAGAACUUGACUGGGCAAGGGAAGUUACUACAGAAACACAUACAACGCACGACGAGAACAAUACUCCUUCAAAUAAUAAUGCUAUGGCGAGAAGAAGUCCCAGGAACACAGUUUCUGAUGACAAAGUGCCCCGAACUGAUGACGAUGUGCACCAAACUGAUGAAGAUGUUCACCGAACGGAUGAGGAUGGGACCCGAGCUGAAGACGAUGUGACCCGAACUGAUAACGCUCUUUACCGUACGGAUGACGAUGUGCACCGAAAUGAUGACGAUGUGUCCCGAAUUGAUGACGAGCGGACCCAAACUGAAGACAAUGUGACCCGCUUAUGA